UAAUUUUCGGACCAAUAGGAUGAGUAGGAGGGCGGAUCCUAAAGCGUUUUCUUUUCCUCUUUUCCUUUUUUUUUUUUGUGUGUGUGUUUUUUGACCAGCUGAAAUGGCGGCCCGUAGCGUCGUGUAACUUUAUCGCACAAUAAAUAAAAAAACAAUAUAUGCUCGUUUUUUUUCCCCAACACGUAACAUGGGGACGAACUUCACUGAGACACUUCGGACGUUCUAGUCAAGAUUCGUUAUUUUUUAUCACAUCGUCUGGAAAGAGUUAAAAGCGUUAUUAUGGAGGAUCCUCACACACGGUACAGCAAACGUUUGCGCACAGGUACRCGUCGUCGCUACCAGGACGAUGGCAUCUCAGAUGAUGAAAUCGAAGGAAAACGAACUUUUGACUUGGAUGAGAAGUUGCAGUGUGAGAGGUUUGGCUCGGAUCUGGUCAAACUCAUGGAUGGUAAAGAUUUCACAUAUGAAUACAUACAGAGGGAAGGUCUCAGGGAUCCAAUCAUUUUUAGGAAAGCUGAUGGACUUGGCAUACAAAUGCCAGACCCUGAUUUUAGUGUGAGCGAUGUUAAGCUGUUUGUUGGUAGUCGACGGAUUGUAGAUGUUAUGGACGUGAACACCCAGAAGGGCAUUGAGAUGUCGAUGGCUCAGUGGCGACGUUAUUACGAGACGCCCCCGUCUGAGAGGGAAAAGCUUUACAACGUUAUCAGUCUGGAGUUCAGCCACACCAAACUAGAAAACCUGGUCAAACGACCAGCGUCGGUGGAUCUCAUAGAUUGGGUGGACAACAUGUGGCCCCGGCAUCUCAAGGAGAGGCAGAGAGACUCCACUAAUGCCAUCAUAGACAUGCAUUAUCCCAAAGUACAGAAGUACUGUCUCAUGAGUGUGCAGGACUGCUUCACAGACUUCCACAUCGAUUUUGGUGGAACUUCAGUCUGGUACCACAUUCUGCGAGGGGCAAAGGUCUUUUGGCUCAUUCCACCCACACCUCAGAACCUGGAUAUGUAUGAAAACUGGGUUCUGUCUGGAAAGCAGGGAGACAUCUUCUUGGGGGACAAGUGUUACGACUGUCAGAGAAUAGAGCUCAACCAAGGAAACACCUUCAUAAUCCCAUCAGGUUGGAUUCAUGCUGUCUACACUCCAGAGGACACUUUAGUAUUUGGAGGAAACUUCCUUCACAGCUUUAACAUCCCCAUGCAGCUCAACAUCUACAACAUUGAGGACCGCACACGGGUUCCUGCAAAGUUCCGCUACCCGUUUUACUACGAGAUGUGUUGGUAUGUCCUAGAGAGAUACCUCUACUGUCUGACCAACAACUCCCACCUCACACCUGAGUUCCAAAAAUACUCACUUGGUAUUGGGCUGACUCCAGCUGACCUUGAAAUCAACGAUCUCUCCAUGGAUGGAACUUCUAAUGGGAUUGACAGCGAUGAUGAAAAUGAACUCACCGUUAUAAAAGAAGAGGUCAAAGAAGAGGAUGCCGAAGAUGAACAUUCUGCCCAGGUUCAGCAUGUGCUGACCCCCUUUGAGCUGGAUGGCCUGUGGAACCUGAUAGGAAAGCUGGAGGAGCUGCCGGCCCACAAAAAGUGUGUUCCUGCGGGGAUCAGAAAUGCWGCGGCCCUGCUCGAGGACAUGAAGAAUGUUUUGCAGAAGUGUGCAAAUGACGACAUUAAGCUUGCCUACACUGGAGAGCCUAUUAUCAAAUGGCCUAAAAGGCCUUUGUGGUACCAGCCACCCACUCCUCCUCCACCCGUUCUUUACCGUCCUCCUCGGUUGGGCCCGUCCCUCCACAAGUCUCAGAGGCCCACCAAAGGCACGUCCAUUUCAGCUCUGAGGCGCAGACGGGUGAGGUGCAAGCGCUGCUCCGCCUGCCGCAGGAAAGAGUGCGGCGACUGCCAGUACUGCCAUGACAUGAGGAAGUUCGGCGGGCCUGGACGCAUGAAGAAGGGCUGCCUCCUGAGACAGUGUCUAAUGCCCGCCUUGCCCAACACUGCUCGGUGUGCCGUUUGUGGAGAGGGCGAGUUUGAUGAAUCAAAUCCAAGCACUCACUCUCUCAUGGAGUGCACACUCUGUUCACAGAUCGUUCAUCGUCAGUGUGUUAAGGAACCUGGUGAGGGGAAGAUCAAUAAGGACCUACCCAGCUGCUGGGAGUGUCCAAAGUGUUACCAAGGCAAAGGCUCUGACUCGGAGUCUUCCAGUGAGGAGGAAAGUGCUGAGUCGGAUGGUUCAACGUUCUCGCCUCAGCCCAAACUCGGCUAUCAGGAAGGCACCGGUGGUGCAGGAGACGGGUCGAGACGAGGGAAACGCAGUAGACCCCCAGGCCGACAGACGGCCCCGCCCCCUUCACAAAAACUGCUGCUGCAGCAUCAACAGAAUCGCAAAAGAGAGAGUGCGCUGGAGUACAGACUGAAGAAGAGGAUAAAACUGGAAAGGACCAAACUUUUAAGAAAACAGGCGACUCUAGAUCGCUCUCCCAGGCUGCUGAGCUCCCGCCUGAUGUCCCGCCUGCACUCUCCGAGCAGCAGACUGUCUCAGAGCAAAGGUCGAGGCUCGGCCUGGUCCAGCAGCUCGUCUUACAGGAGCGCUCCAGGAGGAACCGGCUCCUUCCAGCAGCGGCAGCAGCAGCUGGUGCUCGAGCCAAAGGGAGAGCCCCGCAGAGGGAGGGGGCGAGGCGUGAGACUGCGGGGAGGAGGAGCGGGGCGAGGCGUCAGCGGUGGGCAGAGCCGCACUGACCUGGAGGAGGAGAGCGAGGACACCAGCAGCAGCAGCACCAACAACAGCAGCAGCAGCGACGAUGACGACGAGGAAGAGGAGAGCGGACUGAACAUUAGGAGAGGAGGGGACAAGGAGAACCAGCCCCAGUCCAGGCGAGGAGGAACGUCCGCGAAAGAGCAGGAGGACGAUGGGGGUGAGGCGCCCAACCAGAACGGUGCAGAGGAUGACGAGGAGGAGGAGAUGGAGCAGGACAUUCCUAAAGGGGACAAAGAUAGCUCCACUCUUAAAGUGACUCUUCAGAAGCCACCCAGAGCAAAACAGGACUCGUCAGCCAUCGUUCCCAAAUUAGAGGCUGUUUCCUCUCAAACUGCCACUUCUGCAACGCACAACCAGAGCAGAACUCUCAUCAGACCCCCUAUUAGGAAUUGCGGUCCUCGUCCGGAUCAUCACUCGCACAGACACGUGCCUCCACAAACCCGGAGCGGACACACGUACUCUCACCCGUCCCACCAAGAGAGACUGGACGUGUCUAAAAGGUCGAGACCAACAAGGCCGGCCAAACUGAGCAACGGGGCCGCUUCGUCUUCAUCUGAGCUCCAGCACCUCCGCAUCCCCCUGUCCGCCCUGCAGGAGGGAGGGGGCGAGGCGGACAGGGAGAGCACCGGGAGCAACCCGAGCUGCGAGAGGGAGGUUUGGGUGUCGGUCUUUCGCUACUUGAGUCGUGCGGAUUUGUGCGUCUGCAUGGCCGUCUGCAAGAACUGGUACAAAUGGUGUUUAGAUAAGAGGCUUUGGGCGCGGAUCGACCUGAGCAUCAAGCGAACUGUUACUCCUCAGGCCCUCACAGGAAUUAUAAAGAGGCAGCCUGUCACACUCGACCUCUCCUGGACAAACAUCUCUAAAAAACAGCUCAACUGGCUUGUUGGCCGCCUGCCUGGGCUGAAGGAUCUGAUGCUGUCAGGUUGUUCUUGGUCGUCUAUUUCAGCUCUGUCCUCCACUGGUUGUCCUCUCCUUCGGUCUCUGGACUUGCGGUAUGCAGAUGGGGUCAAAGACUCACAGAUCAGAGAUUUAGUCACUCCUGCAGGCUGUGACAAUCGCAGCCCAUUGAGGAACAUGCAGUGUUUGCGGCUAGCAGGUCUGGACAUCAGCGACUCCACUCUGCGUCUGGUGAUUCGCCACAUGCCCCAUUUAACGAAACUGGACCUCUCCCACUGCAACAGCCUCACCGACCACUCUGUCAACCUGCUGACCGCCGUCGGUUCGUCCACCCGAAACACGCUGACGGAAUUCAACUUGGGAGGCUGCAGUAAACUGACAGAUACGUGUUUGAAGUAUCUCCGCCGCCUCUCCUGCAUCUCGCUGCUCGACCUGCGAGGCUGCAAAGGUGUCUCAAGAAAGGCCUGCGAGGCCUUCAUCUCCGAGUUGUCAGUCAACACGCUCUACUGCUUAUCAGAUGAAAAACUGAUCCAGCGGAUAUCCUAGUCGCCGUGCAGCUCCUGACGCGACACGGAGGUAUGGGAAGCUGUAGGAGGGGUGGGGUCUGACAUGGAGGGCUUGCUCACUUAUUGUGGAAAUAUUACAGCUGAAAGAAUUCAUCUUACUUUAUUUCAUCUUUGUCUACAAAGAGACUCAGGAGCUUUUAUUUUGCUGUUUCAUAAAAAAGAAGAUAAAAAGCAUAUCAUUUGUUAUUAAGAGUGGGAGAACAAUUAACUAGCUGUUUUAGACUCCUCCUCAGUCCUGAACCAUCCCAAGCCUUCAGAAACAUGAGCAAAGAUUUGAUUUUCAUCAUUUGGGUAAAAAAAAGCUUUCUGGAAUCUUUGUUCUGUCUGACUGAUCCACCAUAAAUCAUAUUUGUCUUGCAAUAUAUUGAACUUUAUUCAGCUACAUUUGGGUGCUUCAAGUAAAUGGGUCAUGUCUUAUUUUAUUUUAUUUUUUUGUCAGAAAGUGUUAAAGACUUGCGCUUUAUGCACAAAAAAUGUGUGAAUUUUUUUUAAGGAAAAAACUUUUUUGCGUCCCAACUACUGGAGUGGCCUGUGUUUACCAGUUUUGGAUUAAGCUUGUUAUGUCCUAUACUGUACUUCAGUGGUAUACAUGUUGCGUAUACAUUGUUGAGCGCAUAAGACGGUACAAAGAUGGUGUGAGUUGGCAAUCAUCAUGGCAGCAAGACCUCACCCCAGAAAAAAGGGCAGGUUGUGUUGAGCGGGGGGUGGGAAUAAGUUGUCGGAUAAAUGGUGCAUUUUUCAAACAGCAGUUCAAGUUUAACUUCAGGUGCUAUUAUUUCCAAAUUUAAUUGCUUUGUUUUUGUACAGACAGCAUUUAAAGUAAAAAUACUCUAGAUAAAAACUGCCCCCCUCUUUGAUACAGUUUUUUUUUUGUAUGACUAAAAAAAGUAAUUUACUUGUUCAGUUCAGUGUGGAGAUGUAAAUGUUUAUUUUUUUGAAGCUUUGUUCCUGUUGAGUGUUACGACUUUAUGAAAGGUCUUCUUCCAGACUGCUCCCCUGGCCACAUCUCCCAAAAUGAAUAUAAGUAUAUAAAUAUUUACUUUGUGUAAAUGUGUUUUCUUUUUCUUCUCUUAGAUUAUAAAAAAAUGGGAAUCCUGUAGCAUUGUAAUUAUUUUGAGAAGCUUUUUUCACUUCAUGUUGUGUUAUUUUUCAAGAAAAAUAAAGAAAUGGUUAACACUU